AGGAGAGGGGGGGAGCCUCAGAGGGAGAGAGAACCAGCAAGAGAGAGAGAGAGCCUUCGGAGGAAGGAAGGAGGAAGGAAGGAAGGGGGCGCCCAGCCAUGAAGACCCCCGCAGACUCAGGGUUCGCCUUCCCGGACUGGGCCUACAAGCCAGAGUCGAGCCCGGGCUCGCGGCAGAUCCAGCUCUGGCACUUCAUCCUGGAGCUGCUGCGCAAAGAGGAGUACCAUGAGGUCAUCGCCUGGCAGGGAGACUACGGGGAGUUCGUCAUCAAGGACCCCGACGAGGUGGCCCGGCUCUGGGGGGUGCGCAAGUGCAAGCCCCAGAUGAACUACGACAAGCUCAGCCGCGCACUCAGGUAUUACUACAACAAGCGGAUCCUGCACAAGACCAAAGGCAAACGCUUCACCUAUAAGUUCAACUUUAACAAGUUGGUGCUGGUCAACUACCCUUUCAUCGACAUGGGGAUGGCAGGUGGCGCGGUGCCGCAGAGCGCUCCUCCGGUGCCCUCGGGCGGCUCGCACUUCCGCUUCCCGCCCUCCACGCCCUCCGACCUCCUCUCGCCCUCCGAGGACCUGCGCUCUCCGGGGGUCUUCUCGGCUGUGGCCAGGCGCCUGGCCCGUGGCUCGGUCAGCGACUGCAGUGACGGCACUUCGGCCAACUCGGAGGUGGAGGAGUCCCUGGCCGAGGAGCAGCGGCGUGGCGGAGGGGGGGAGGUGGGCUUCCGCGGGCCCCCGCUGCCGGGCCACCCGCGGCUGGCCCACGAGAGCCUCUUCCGGGUGUACCCCCGCCCGCGGCUGGCCCCCGAGCCCCUCAGCCCCUUCCCGGUCUCCCCGCUGGCCGGGCCGGCCGCCCUGCUGCCGCCCCCGCAGCUCUCUCCGGCACUGCCGCUGACCCCCUCCCACCUGAACUACACCCCGUCCCCCACCCUCAGCCCCAUGUUCCCCCCCGGAGGGGGCGGCGGCGGCAGUGGGGGCUCCCACUUCUCGUUCAGUGCCGAGGACAUGAAGCGCUACCUGCAGGCCCACACGCAGAGCGUCUACAACUACCACCUCAGCCCCCGGGCCUUCCUCCACUACCCCAGCACCAUCGUCAUCCCGCAGCCCCAGCGCCUGGAGAAGCCCCCGUUGCCACCCCCGCUGCCACCCCCGCAGGCCGAGGAGCCCCCCGCCCCCUUCAAGUUCAAGCUCCAGCCCCCGCCCCUCGGCCGACGGAACCGCGACAAGCAACAGGCCCCGCCUUCCGCCACGGCCCCCAGCGAGCCCUCCAACGGGGGUCCCUCUUCCGCCGCGGAGAUGCCAUCGCUCCCGCCGCUUUUACCCCAGAUCAAGGUGGAGCCCAUUUCGGAGGGGGAGUCGGAGGAGGACCUCACCGUCGAAGUGACCGACAUCAGCGAGGAUGAUGACGACGAGGAGGUCUUCAAGCCCCCCACAGCACCCCCCGAAAAGGCCGAGGAACCAGAGGAGGAGGUGGGAGAAGCUCAGGUUGCGGCCGCAGUGGUGGCCGAACCCCCGAUGCCGUUGUCGUCGUCCGCGGCGGAGAGCGGCAAAUGCAUCCCGCUGAAGCUGCGUUUCAAGCGCCGUUGGAGCGAGGACCAGCGGCUGGAGGCCGGAGUGGGGACCGAGGAGACGGACGACAAGAAGGUCAAGGGGGAGGAGAGCGAGGACAACGGGGUCGGGACAGGGAUGGGGCCGGGCGGCCGGCGGAUCAGCACUGAGUUGCAGCGGGCGACGGCCGAACUGACCCUGGAGAACCGGGAUUCCUAGAGCCGGCCUCCAGAGAGACCGGCCAACCAGUGGACGGAUGGAUGGACGGACUGACCGCCGAGGGGCACGGCUCUUGCUGCCUUAACUCAGAGAUGACCUGCCUUUCCUCCUCCCCCCACGAGACUCCCCACCUCCUUCCCUCCCUGUUUUGUCCCCAAACUGGACAUUUUGUUGUUUCUUCUUUAUUAUUAUUUUUUCUGGACGCCAGGAAAAACAACAAACG